CGCGCGCGCCACGGCAUGGAGCCGGCCCGGGAGCCCCCCGCGCGCACCCGCCCGCCGCCCCCCGCCGCGCGUCCCGCGCCCGCGGCACCCAGGCCGCGCUCGCCAGGCGAGGCCGAGGCCCGUGGCCCAGAGGGGCUGCUGCGGCGAUCGGGGUCAGGCUAUGAGGGCAGCACCAGCUGGAAGGCGGCCUUGGAGGACACCACCACCCGCCUGCUGCUGGGGGCCAUUGCAGUCCUCCUCUUCGCCAUCCUGGUGGUGAUGAGCAUCUUGGCUUCCAAGGGCUGCAUCAAGUGUGAGACGCCCUGCCCAGAGGGCUGGCUGCUCUACGGGCGCAAGUGCUACUACUUCUCUGAGGAGCCCAGAGACUGGAACACCGGGAGGCAAUACUGCCAUACCCACGAGGCGGCCCUGGCUGUGGUCCAAAGCCAGAAGGAACUGGAAUUUAUGUUCAAGUUCACACGGAGGGAGCCCUGGAUUGGCCUGCGCAGAGUUGGAGACGACUUCCACUGGGUCAACGGGGACCCCUUUGACCCAGACACAUUCACCAUCUCGGGUAUGGGGGAGUGCGUCUUUGUGGAACCCACCAGGCUGGUGUCAACGGAGUGUCUGACGACCCGGCCCUGGGUGUGCAGCAAGAUGGCCUACACGUGACGGGGCUCAGGCCGGAGGGGGCCCUCUGCCCAGGCCCGAGGGCAGUAUCUCUUCUAUCACUCGCUUCCAGCAGGAGCCGCCACCCUUUCUGAAUGGGAGUAGUGGGGAGGGUGGCCUCUGUCACCAUCCCCUCUCAGGCUCCAGAGCUCUGAGGCCCUGGUUCCUGGUCUCUCUUGUCCCCAGGCAGGUCCUGCGGCUUAGCAGUUAUAUCUCAUGUGCUAAGUAAGUAGUGUAGACAUCUUGCCCCCAUACACACAAGCACACAUGUGUACACACAUGUACGCACACGUACACAACACAGUUGCAGGCUCUCUGUAACAGGUCACCCUUCCUUGGCUCUGCCUGGAAGCUUCCUUACUGCAGUCCUGGUGCUUCUGGGCAGAAGAGGGGCUGACACGGAUUGUAUGGCUUUUGGCUCAGCAGCCUGCCCUCCCAGUGGCUUCUCUCAGGUGGCUGGGGGAGGCAGGCAGGUACAGCUUCCUCUGCACCACGGAGAGAACAGCCCAGGGCUGGAGGCCCCUCUGUCUGUCCUCCCUGCCUUCCCGGGGUCCUCAGGCAGGGCCCCUGCUGUGCUGAGGUGCUGAUGUAUCGGUCACUAAUGGAAUAAAGACAUGACUGCA